UUAAAAUAGUUGUUUUAACCGUAAUAAGUAAUGACUUAUGUAAGAGAACAAUAGCAGCAGCGCAUUGAAUUUUCUUACCCAUUGUGAUACACCUGAGUCUACAGUGGCGCACUUGUCAUGAAAGUUGGCCAAUCUUAGAUAAGAAUGUUGGAUUAUAUUAACUAAAUUUACAAGAUAUGGAGAAAAUUGUAAUAACAGUGUAUAUGAAUUGUCUUGUCUUAAAUUCCGCCGAACAAUAUCAGCCCUAUUACCAAAAUCAAAUGCCUUACGACUACACAGAAGUCGAUUAUGAGGACUACGAGUCCAAUGAAUGCACCUGCUCUUGCCAACGCUGUGAAGACAUCAAACCAUGCUGCAGAAACACUUGCAACAACUGCUUCCAACCUUCCAGCAUCGUGAUAGUUCCCUAUCCCUACCCACUUAUAAUAUCAACGAAACAAAAAGAAGCAACUACUGCGCCGCCUACACAAGAAACGACAGCUCCUGUUCCACAAGAAACAACAUUAGCGCCACCUCCACCAACUGAAUUACCAACUACAGACAUCCUAAGAAACAAUGAAGCGUACAUAAAUGAUAUUAUAGCCAAAGCACCGAAUUUGAAUAAGAAGAAUAAGUUUGUAUUAACCAAUCUGAGACGUACAAAGCCUGAUUGGGUGCCGAAGUAUGGUAUUGUACCCAUACCGGAUAAUUUGGCAGAGAAGUUGAUGCUCCAACUGCGGAGCAUGCGUGUGUUACACCCAAAGAAAGAGACCUUUAAACCUAGUGCAACGCUGUCUUCGUUGGAGAAGAUAAUUUAAAGAACUAGCGGACCCGGCGAAACUCGUUCUG